CAAAAAUUUUCCAAUGUGAUGAAACAUGAAAGCUCAUUUACUUAUGCUAAAGAGGAUGAAGUGUCAAAUAAAAAAAAUGUAAAUUAUCAGUUGCCUUUAUUUGAGAAAAUGUUGGGAAACACUGAAAACUUCCAAGACAUCAGUGAACUUUUUAAAAUGCUGAUAACCAAAGAUAGAGCAAGUCUUGCAAAAGCCAUCACUCUUGUGGAAUCAACACAUCCCCAGAAGCAGAAGAAGUCACAAUUUUUAUUGACUAAAGUUUUGAAACAUUUAAAAGAAGAAAAUCAACAUUCAAUUAAAGCACCACAGUCUUUCAGAAUAGGUAAGAAUAAAAAUAGAUCCAAUACAAAUAUUGUGACUAUAUUUUUACAAAUUAUAUUUUAAAAAGACAAAUUGUUUUUUUAUGUAAUAAAUUUGAAAUAGUUUUUUUUUACACAGCUUUUAUUAAUGAUUAUUUAAGUUUUUUAAAAAAAAUUUGUUGUCUUAGGUUUGUCUGGACCCCCUGGCUCAGGAAAAAGCACUUUUAUUGAGGUUUUUGGUAAAUAUCUCACAGGGAAAGGGCACAGAGUAGCCGUUCUUGCAGUUGAUCCAUCAUCUUCAACGAGUGGAGGUUAAAAAAUUUGAUUAAGUUAAUCUUCCUGGUUUAAAUAUUUAUCAUGAUGGCUUAUACUUAUCUUUCCUAGGUCACUCUCAUAUUUUAUAUUUCAUUAAUGUUGACUUCUCCUAGAAAUAAUCCCCGUCUUUUAAAAAAUUAAUUAAUUUCAUGCUCACUUGGAUCAGUGCGGGAAAUGUUCAAGAGGUGAUUAUUGAGGAGGGGCUCUGUGUGAGAGGAGUGACACUUUACUUCUUAUCAAGUUAUAUUUGUGUUGCAUGUGUACAUGCUCUUCAUUUUAAAUAUAUUUAACCCAAUCCUUGAUAUUAUUUAUUUUCCCGCAGGAUCUUUAUUAGGAGAUAAGACAAGAAUGCCUGAGCUGUCACGUGACUUGUCUGCAUAUAUCCGUCCUUCUCCAUCCAGUGGUACUCUCGGAGGUGUCACAAGAACCACUAAUGAAGCCAUUGUCCUCUGUGAGGGUGGAGGAUAUGAUAUUAUUCUUGUGGAAACUGUUGGUAACAAUUUAUAUUUAAUUUUCAUUUUUGACUUUGUCAUUUUCUUUACAAAUAUUUUUAGCUGAAAAGUGUCUUCUUGCUAUAUUCUAAAAAUAACUUAGAUUUUUUUGUUGCUUUUAUAUAUCUGUACACCAAUGAGGUACCAGCUUUGACAUAAUUUUUUUUGUACACCAGAGACAGUAUUUUAAAGUGUCAAUUGAGAACAUUUCUGAGUAAUUUGAUUCCUGACUAAAAAAUGAGAACCAAAGAAAUAUUAAUAAAAAAUCUGAUAGUUUCUUUGAACUUUACUAAAUAUUGUCACAUAAUCACUAUUUAUUUUGAAAACAUCCUGAAACAUUCAAUAUUUAUUUACAAAAAAAAAUAAAUCUCAUUUUUGCAGGAGUUGGUCAGUCUGAGUUUGCAGUGGCUGACAUGGUGGAUAUUUUUUGUCUUCUCCUGCCACCUGCUGGUGGAGAUGAAUUACAAGGUACUUAACCAAAUUCAUUCCAUAAGAAAUCAUUUCACCUUAUCCAGUUUUGAUGCCUUUAAGCUAAUGGAUCCCUUGACAAGAAGUUCACUUACUUUUAUAUGUCGUCAGGGAUAAUAAGUCGUCUAUUCUAAGAGCGCUGUAUGCAGUGUUCAGCAUUGCUUUUUAUGCCCAGGCCAGUACAUUAAAAUGUAGCGCUUGUAAUCAUUGAAUCCUAUUAACCCUUUGAGUUGCAUAUCGCCCGUUAAGAUACCAAGCAAAGGGAAAUAACUCCAUUUUUACAAUAAGCUUUUGAAUUUUAAAAAAUUAUAAAAAAUCAAUCUUUCAUCCAGUCAGAAAAACAAAAAUACUGAUUAUUGUAGAGAAAAAACAAAAUUUUAAUUAAAAUAAGUCUACAUUAUGACAAUAAGAAAUGUACACAGGAUAGAGGAAAACCUAAAGCCUAAAGGACAAUCAAACCAAUCGACCAGUAAGCCUUCAUAAGCCAAAAUACAGACACAACGCAAACUCAGCUUGUAGAUGUGUGAAGGGACAGGAUGUUGUGACAGGAAAUUGUAGACAUAUUCAAUUACAGAAGAAUCAAAUAUUUGCAUAUGAUAUUAACAGGUAACAUUAGGACAGCUACAACUAGAUAUCCUUCAAUGUUAAUUAAACAUAAUCAUCUUCAUAUUCUGAUCCAUCUGGAAUAUUAAGAUAUUAAACUAAUUCAAUAUCACAUUUCUUUAUUUCCAUUAUCUAUUUUUGCAUUCAUUUCUGCAUCGAAUUCAUUACUGUCGUCACUAACGGCGGACACACUUGCAAUUUGAAACAAUUCUAGAAAGGUCAUGUGCCAUUAAGCUUAGAUCUACUGUCACCAAAGCACUAUUUCAAAAAAAAAAAAAUAGCUGAAAAAUAAAACCCACAGCUACCAAGCCCCCCCCAAAAAAAAGAACUUGACACUUCCUGUUUAUAAAUAGGCUCUUUGUAACUCCUUAAUUAGAAGAGUUUAUUGACUUGGAAUAGUUCAAAAAGGUGUGCUGUUUACAGCAGGAUUCGUCCAAAACGCAUAAGAUACGGAAAGCCAUAAUGCGACAGAAAGGGUUAAAAUAUAGAAGCAAGAUCAGCUUCUAUUUUUUAAAUUUGUUUUCAUUUUUAAAAAUGCCAAUUAAAUGAAACAAAAAUAAUUGUUUGAAGGCAUCAAGAAAGGCAUAGUAGAGGUGGCAGAUGUAGUGAUCAUCAAUAAAUGUGAUGGUGAUUUGAUGCCUGCAGCUAGAAGAAUACAAGCAGAAUACACAAGUGCCCUGAAGUUUAUGAGACCUCGCUCAAGAGUGUGGAGACCAAAGGUAUUUUGAUUUUCAACUCUAGCUAAUUUUUGCUGGUUAACGUUUUUUAACUUAAUCAGUUUAGAAAUUAGUAAAAUCAUUUAAGUUUUGAUUAAGUCAAAAGUUUUUUAAAAGUCAAAAUGUAGAAGAAAAAAAAAUCUUUUAUGUCAAAAAUGCGACUGAAGACAAUAGUGAGAACAAAUGACCUGUAUACUGAAGGCAAUGGCAGGACUUAUGGGUCCAGUUUUCUAAAAGCAGUGGUGAUACCUUUGAGACCAGUUUAUUAAAAGCAAUGGUGGGACCAGUCUACUAAAAGCAAUAGUGGGACCUCUGGGACCAGUUUACUAAAGGCAAUUGUGAGACUAAUGGGACCUUUUACUCAAGUUAGUGGUGGGAACCUUAGGACUUUUUGGAUAAUUUAUGGUACAGGCUAAUGAGCAAUUAUAACAUAUUUCUUUUAACUAUUAUGUUUUCAAAUUCUCAUCUUAAUAUUGGUGACUGAUUUAUUUUUCUCACUCUUACCACAUCAGGUAACUUGCAUUACAGAUGACUGGUUUAUUUUCCUUUCUCUUACCACAUCAGGUAACUUGCAUUUCAUCCCUGGAAAAAAAUGGCAUUCCGGAGUUGUGGAACACAUUACAAGACUUUCAGCGCAGUUCUUUUGCUGCUGGAGAGCUGAUUAGCCGCAGGGAAAGACAGUUAAAACUUUGGCUUUGGAACCACAUACGAGACCAUAUCAUGGGACGGUUUGAGAAGCAUUCGACUGUUAAGAGCCUGAUGCCAAUGAUGGAAGAGCUCGUUGUCAAAGGUCAUGUGACACCUGGUCUAGCAGCUGAUUAUUUGCUUAGGCAAUUUAUAACAAAUUCUGGCGAGAAAGUGGAAAGUUUAUAGUAUUUUUCUCUUUUGUAUUUUUGUAAACAGGAGAAUAGCAGUAUUGUGUGGACUUCAUAGGUUGUACCUUACACAAGUAUAACAGUUAGUCAAACUCAUUUUUUAUGGCAGUAUCUGGAGUCUUCAAUAUUAAGAGUUCAUCAACAUACAGACUAUAAUUUUAGUUAUUGUUAUUGUGAUCGGAGUAGUCGUCAAAACUAAUUGAGUCACUGCACUUAAACCUUGAAUCAGUGACCUCUGUCUUUUAUACAUGGUUUACUGUAUAACCAUGAUUAUGGUGACCUCUGACCUAUAUUAACUGAAUAUUUGUGGAGUCAUGAGGACCUCUGACCGGUAUUAUAUGAGUUACUGUGUAAAUCUUGGCAUUUCAUGAAAGCUUUGAAAAAUCACUUAUUACAAAUUUCAUCAUAAAUCAUUUCAUCUGGUAGUCUGUUAGGUUGUUGAUUAUAAUAUUAAGGGUUUGUUUAACGGAUCAUUUAAAUUAAUGUUGAGAUGAUUGAUGUAAGACUGUGACUGACUGUCCACAUAAUAUAUUCACAAUUUAUACAGACUUUCUCCUUAAUGAAUGAUUUAAAUUUUAGUGUAACCAAGAAUACGUGGUCAAUAUAAAUUACAUGAGUGAUUACUUCUUGGGUUACAUGCACAGGAAAUCUUGAAUUCCAGUUCUAAAUUUGGCCCCACUUAUUGUCAAAUAGAGAAUUGUUGUAUUAUCUGUUUAGAAAGAAGUAUAUGUAAAGUCAAAAGUUAAUAUGAAGUGUGUUGAUAAUGUAAUGUUGAUAUGAGGUGUGUUGACAAUGUAGUGUUAAUAUGAGGUGUAUUGAUAAUGUAAUGUUAAUAUGAGGUGUGUUGAUAAUGUAAUGUUAGUUAAUAUGAGGUGUGUUGAUAAUGUAAUGUUAAUAUGAGGUGUGUUGAUAAUGUAGUGUUAAUAUGAGGUGUAUUGAUAAUGUAAUGUUAAUAUGAGGUGUGUUGAUAAUG